UUUUUGGGCAACAUUCCAAUGAAAAUAAUAACUAUUAGGCGUCGAUCUACAAUAUUUAAAUUGUUAAUCUUAAUUCCUGUUGUUUGGCUACUUUUUGUUGUGUUUUUUAAUAAACCUAAUGUGCAAAUAGUCGAUGAUAAGCCAAUCGAGAGGUUACAUGUUGAUGAAGCUAAGGAAGAAUAUAAAAAAAUUAAAGAGAAUAUUCAACAAAUUAGAGGUUUUGGUCCUCCUUUGGCCGUUAAAGACGAUAUAAAGGAAAAAUCGGAACAUAAAGAGGAUGAAGAAAAGAGUGGAAAUCAAGACGUUGGCAAUAUUCCAAAACCGAGGAAAGUAUUCUUCGAUCCUCAAUCUCCAAUAUACAAGAAGGGAGAUCCAAAUCAGGAAGGAGAGGGAGGGAAGGCUGUCAAAAUUGAUAAAGAGAAAUUGACUCCUGAAGAAAAGAAGAAAUAUGACGUUGGAUUUGUCAAUAAUGCUUUUAACCAAUAUGCUUCUGAUUUGAUCUCAGUUCAUCGUUCGCUUCCAGCUACGGCUGAUGAAGAUUGUAAAACAGAAAAAUAUCCGGAAGAUUUGCCUGAUUCUUCUGUUGUAAUUUGUUUUCAUAAUGAGGCUUGGUCUGUUUUGUUGAGAACAGUACACAGCGUUAUUGAACGAACUCCAGACAAAUUGUUAAAGGAUGUUGUGCUGGUAGAUGAUUUUUCUGAUAUGGAACAUUUGAAAAAACCUUUGGAGGAAUAUAUGGCGCAAUUUCCAAAAAGGGAAGGUUUGAUUAGAGCCCGUCUUCGUGGUGCUACUAAAGCAAAUGGAAAGGUUAUAACCUAUUUGGACAGCCAUUGCGAGUGUAUGGAAGGAUGGCUAGAACCACUUCUUGCACGAAUAAAAAAAGAUCCAACAACUGUAGUUUGUCCAGUUAUUGAUGUAAUAGAUGAUAAUACAUUUGAAUAUCAUUAUUCUAAAGCGUUCUUUACUAAUGUUGGAGGUUUUGAUUGGUCCUUGCAAUUUAAUUGGCAUCCUAUUCCUGAAAGAGACCGCAAAAAUCGACGAAAUAUUGAUCCUGUUCGUUCUCCAACAAUGGCUGGAGGAUUGUUUUCUAUUGAUCGAGCUUAUUUUGAAAAACUUGGAACUUAUGAUGAUGGUUUUGAUAUUUGGGGUGGUGAAAAUUUGGAACUUUCUUUUAAGAUUUGGAUGUGUGGUGGACGUCUUGAAAUUGUUCCAUGUUCACAUGUUGGACACAUUUUUAGAAAACGAUCACCUUAUAAAUGGAGAACGGGAGUAAAUGUCCUUAAAAGAAAUUCUAUAAGAUUGGCAGAAGUUUGGUUAGAUGAAUAUAAAGAAUAUUAUUAUGAAAGGAUUAAUAAUCAAUUGGGUGAUUUUGGAGAUAUUUCUAGUCGGAAACAACUUAGAGAGAAAUUACAAUGUAAAACAUUCAAAUGGUAUUUGGACAACAUUUUCCCAGAAUUAUUUAUUCCUGGUGAAGCUAUUGCCAAAGGAGAGAUUCGAAAUGGGGUUGGUAAUAGUGCCUUGGAAGGUGGUGGGGGUAAUCCUCCUCAAUCUUGUGUUGAUUCUGCUGUUGGGGAGGAUGCCGGAGAUAAACCUGUUGUGCCUUAUCCUUGCCAUGAGCAAGGAGGGAAUCAGUAUUGGAUGCUAAGUAAAGAUGGAGAAAUUCGUAGAGACGAGUCUUGUAUUGAUUAUGCUGGAAAGGAUGUUAUCAUCUUUCCUUGUCAUAGCAUGAAAGGAAAUCAAGAAUGGCGCUACGAUCAUGAUAAACAUCAAUUAUUGCAUGUAGUUUCUGGAAAAUGUUUGGAAAUGGGAAAAGAUGCAAGUAAAUUGUUAAUGAAUAAUUGUGACACUUCCAAUCUUUAUCAACAUUGGACUUUUAAGGAAUACAAAGGGGAGGCUAAAAAUAAUAAGGGGCUUUGA